UUCUACUGCACCAUAUCCGUGUUUGGACAUCUGUUUCGACUGUGGACAGAACGAUAAAUAUCUGCAAAUUUCAUUUAACAAGAAAUUCAGCUUGCUGCAAUGCAUAUGGGACAUAUAAAUGUGUGGUAACGUGCUCUUAGACCUAUAGUAGCUCUAAUUUGUUAGCCAGUGAGUGACCGUUAGCUAGAGCUAGCAAUCACAGGCUAGUUGUGUAGUUAACAAAGCAGUCCUUGUUAUCAGAAAAAUGGGUUAGCCUCUCUAGCUAAGGAUUUGCGAUGCGAUGCAUAUCUUUCCAAAUAAAUACAUCUGCAUAGGUGUCCCUAACAACAUUCUUUGUCACAAAAAUCUUAGCCAACUGGUGAUCAUUAGCCUCAUUAGUACAGUGCAAUUCUCUGGAAGUGGGUGGUCUCAAGACUAACCCUACACCGCCAUGCCAUGGUGCUACGUCGGCUGCUAAGAAAACGCUGGGUUUUAGGGGUCGUUUUUGGACUUUCUCUCAUCUACUUCCUAACCAGCACCUUGAAGCAGGAGGAAAGGACCAUACGGGACCGCACGCUCCUGGAGGCGAGGGACCCGGACCACCGCAUCCCAUGGAAGGUCCGCUUUAACCUGGGUAACAGCAGCCGGCAGAUCACCCAGUGCAGGAACUCCAUCCAGGGCAAGAAUCUGCUCACAGAUGAAUUAGGUUAUGUGUGCGAGAGGAAGGACUUGCUGGUCAACGGUUGCUGCAACGUGUUUGCUCCCAGCUCCAGACAGUACCUGUGUAAGAGCUGCCUGGCAAACGGCUGCUGUAACAUCUACGAGUUCUGCGUGUCCUGCUGCCUGCAGCCAGACAAGCAACCUCUGCUGGAGCGCUUCCUGAACAGGGCUUCCGACGGCUUCCAGAACCUCUUCACCGCGGUGGAGGACCACUUUGAGCUCUGCCUGGCCAAGUGCCGCACGUCCUCUCAGAGUGUUCAACAUGAAAACACCUACCGCAAUCCACAAGCAAAGUACUGCUAUGGAGAAAGCCCCCCUGAACUCCUUCCCGUGUGAGACGAAGCACUCCUGGACUGAGGAGAGGAAGUGAUCGGGGGCGGGGUCACCUGACCGACUGACACUAGAAAGAGGAGGCAGCUGGAACCCCUUCCGAGAAAAGACAAAUAUGUGUUUGGAAGGUUCACACUUCAUAAGUGCAUGAACGCUCUCAGAACCUCGUCAUCGGUGGUCUUCAUGUUCUGUAGCUCGUCGUCAAGGAUCAACCUCAGACAAGCUCCAUGUCAUAGUCACAGUGCUACCGCCGCAGACGUCAACCCUGGCACACAGACAGAUGGUGUCAGACAUCGUCCUGGUGGUGACGAUGUCCACGCAGCAAAGAAGCAGUCAUGGUUUUAUGUUUGUAGGCGUGCGGGUUGAUGAUGAAUAAAGUUCCAGACUGUGAAUCGAAUGAGCUUGUAACAGUUUCUCUCGGACGGCCUGAGGACAAUGACAGUUACUUUACUAAAGUUGUUGUAGUCUUGUUUUUCUAAUCUUUUUUCUAGACUUGUUUUCUGUUGAAUGUUCUUAUUUUAUUGUACUUGACUCCUAAUGGGUAGUUUACAGUAAUAUGAGUUUGGUAAAAAAUAAAUAAAAGAACAGUUACAGUAAAAAAAAAAAUCUCUGAUGCUUUUUAU